UGUAUAUUGUAAUGUAUUUAAGUAUGUAAUGCUAAUGUUGCCACUUUAGAAACGUUUUGUAGCAGAGUAAGAUAUAGCCAUGGCAGUUCACUCUACUUCAAAGCUCAACCUCAUUUUAUGCUUAUCAUCAACACUUUUGCUACUUUCUUCUUCUCAUGCUCAAGCUGAAUCUCAGAAUCUUGAAUACUGUCAAAAAGAUGUUGGCUAUGCAGUGAAGAUCAGCAGUGUAGAAAUAUUACCUGACCCUGUGGUGAGAGGACAGCCCUUCACCUUCAAAAUUGAAGCUUAUACUGAUGCACCAAUUCAUAGUGGUGAUUUAAUAUAUGAAAUUUCAUAUGCUGGGAUUGAAGGAAAACCUGCAAUAUUUCACCAUGCUCUCAGCGAGGAAACACUGCUUCCCGUCCGCCCAGGCAGCUUUUUGCUCACUCAUACUGAAUUAUUGCCUCCAGUCACCCCGCCGGGCACCUAUAAUGUGAAGCUGACCUUCGAUGAUAAUGAUGGUGAUCAGUUAACAUGUAUCAUCUUUCCUUUCACCAUCGGUGCUAAAUCUUCAGUAUCUGCUAUUUAAGUGUCAAGGACUGGUCUGAAACUUAAGCAUUGUUUAUGGUUUAGUUUUGAGCUCAUAUGUUAACUAGUGAAGUCCAUGUUGGGGCUAUGUGAUAGAUUAUGCUAGGCUACUCUAGAUCUAAAAUUGCAUAAGAGGAUAAAAUAAUAAAACUAUUUUUUUUCUGCCUUCA